GGGCAGGGGAAGGGCGGGGAGCUCUGAAGCUCGGCUCCUCGGUCCCGCUCUGCGCUCCCCACCCCGGCUCUGCCAGCUCGGCUGCCGAGAAGAGGCGGCUCCGAGCUCAGCGCUGUGGUUCUGAAGGCUGCUGGAUCCUUCCAAGUCGGAAGCCCGCAGCCCCUCAUCCCAGCCCCGCAUUCAUCCCGCUUUCCACUCUCUUCGCUCUUCCAAAUCGCCCCCUUUUCUCCCAGCCCUCAGCAGAAAGAGCAGAGCAGAACCGAGCGCUCCCGCACAGGCACUGUUCUCUUGAAACGAGAGCGUCUAAUAAAGCCGGACAGCUUUUGCCGCAUGAUACCACAGGAUUACCAGCAUCUGAUCAGCUUAAAAACACACAGAGGCUUUAAUUUUAUUCACUAAGUGCUUAGCCCACAGCUCAAGGGGAGGUGCAGACAUUUCUUAGGCCCAAACGCAACCCCAAAAGAGGGUUCCUUGAGCAGUCCCACUUGGGGGAGGGCAGAGGGUGAAUCCUCACCAGGAGGAGCUGAUGCUUCCAGAAACACCCUGCCUUGUAAGUUCAGGAAUAAAGAGAUCAUUAUACACAUCUAAUUAUAAAUGUCAACAUUUUACAGCUUCUGUGUUGAAGCAUGAAGCCCUAAGUAGCCCUGCUAGGAAGCACUGGGAAGUAAAAGGUCUUGUUAUUCCUUCAUUGAGUUUUGUCAGAGCUUGUAAAGCACAUUGACAUUUAUAAUAAUCCCCUAAAUUUAUGUAGCGCCUUUUGUCCUUUUAAGGAUCUUAAUUAAGCUUUGCAGCUCCCUGAGCACAGACUGAACCUGCUUUUCAAAGAGUAGCCUAGACCCUGCUUUGUAUAAAACAGGUCCCCCAUCACUGCUUUGUGCAGGAUAGGACUUCACCCCUCUGUAGCACAGUUACACCACGUGUGUUCCAUGGGUAUUCCUAGCCAAAGGUUCAGCAACACACACGUAAUUAAAGCUGUGUCAUUUAGGCUUUAAUCUCUGCAGUCAUACACACCCUUUGAGUAGGGGGUGCCACAGGGAAGUUCACCCCCGUUUCCUGGAUAUCCACAGCCUUUGAACACAAAAUCGCAUAUGGGCACACCUAACCCUGCAAUCUAAACCCCGCACUUCCGUGUUCCAGCCCUGGCAGCAGACAAGCAGAUGAGAAUUGCCUCAGCAGUCUGGAUUUCCUAUGGUGUAUCUCACAGCUUUCAUUUAACUCUUGGGGGGUUAAACAGCUCUUCAGUGAUCCACAGCACAGAGACCUCCCAAGGGCUGCAGCCCUCCCUGCCUUGCAAGGGUGACAGAGCCCUGCCAUAACACUCAUUUCUGCCUGUCCACAGACCAGAGAUGAGACGAUUGAACUGCCACUACAGAAGAAAAAAAGUCUUCCAUAAUGUGUUGCUAUUUCUCUGCCCAGGAGCGAGUUGUAUUUUAAGAGAAGCUUCUGGGUCGAGGGCAGCCCCAGGAGAGUGGCUAAGAGCCCGGCCCUGCUCUUCGACCCCGCCCCCGUUGCGGAACGCGCGCCAGCAGCACCGCGCCGCGGCCUCACGGGGCAGAUUCGCGCCCGGUGGCUGCUGCCCGGGCCGAGCUUCUUUCGGCCAGCGAGGACCCUCCUCCUCGGGGCGAUGUUGCCAUCUAGAGGCCCACGCUACAAUGAUCGUCUUGUUGCACGCUGUUGGGAAGGCUUUUUUUUUUUUUUAAUAAUUCAAGGCAGCACGUAAAAGCAGCAUUUUGAGGUAGUAACUGAGCAGGAGGAGCAUGUAUCAUGCUCCUCCGGUUGGGAUGUUUGACUUAAAAUGUCAGUGCACGAUGCUCUGCCAUCUCCCCCCAGCCCAUGGCUUCAACAGCUGAAUAGUGACUGGAGCUCAGUGGUUCUUUUCACAGAACCAGCAGCUGUUCAACUCCCUCCCCCCCCCCCCCCCCCCCCCCCCCGAGAUUUACCUUAACAUUUCCCCUUCUCCAUCACCAAAACAAAACACUGCAGAUCCUGCCAAAGAGAGAAGGGGUCCCACUGGCACAAGUGACACACUCAAAAGCAUCUGCAGCUUCAGAUGAGGCCACGAUGGACUCAGAUGUUUAAACUGAAGAUACAGAGGAUCCCACUCCCACCUCUCAUCUGCAAAAAUCCAACUUAGAAAGCAGCAGCAGCCCCACCCAUAGAGGAGCCAGCAGUAGGGCCACAGAGGCCCAGACCAGACAUCUGAAACAUUUUAAGUAUGUUUUGAACCAGCUGGACAGUGUUGUACUACUCCCACUCCCUGCUCAGCUGCAGCUCAAGGUCUUCUGUUUGCUGCAGCAGUCCCACACAGUAUCACUGUUGGCAGGCAUUGCUGCUUUCCCCAGACGAGCACAGACACUGCUGCCAGGAUACCUGGUGGAAGUGAGGCAGUAAUUGCCUUUCACAGGGCUGGUAGUGAUAGACAGUGGCAUAAACCACAGCUAGAGUCAGCAUCUACUUGGCAAACAGGACUUAGAAAGGAUUCAGGAAGUUCUUACAGCAAAGAAGCCUCUUCAUACACACAACCACAGAUAACAAGCCCUUGUUCCUCCUUCAAGUUCAGCUCUCCCUCUGUGUCACUCUGCUGGACACCAGCAUGCAUCACAUAAAAAGCAGCUCUACAGCCUUGUUCCAAAUAUGAGCUGGAAGCUACAGCCCACACCUUUCUGUGCCCACCACAGCAAUCCCUUCCCUUCCCUGGUGGGAACUCAGGCAGGAGCAGCCUUUAUAUGUGCCAGCACUCAGCUGCCACUGGCCUCACCUUUCCAUGGCACACACUGGUGCUGCUCCCGUUCCUCUCCCCUUUCUGUCCACCCACUUUCCUCCUCCUUCAAAAACUGUCCGCGCCAGCUACUACCUCUUUCUGUUUCCGUGCCUUUCCUCUUCUGUCUCCUCCUCUCAGGAAAUUAAAGAUAAUACCCCUUCCCCCCCCCCCCCCCCGCCUGAGUCCCUGUUUAACAUUCACAGCAUGCGCUUGCACUGAUUCAAAAUGGGAUUUCAACAGCUUUCUGUUGCUUUGAUGUCAGUUGGGCUUUGCACUUAAGGCAGAGGGGGAAAUAAACUCUCCAUUACCAAACCUCCUGGGUGCUGUCAUUCUGGACAUGAACAUCAGGCACAUUUACCUUCACAGAGCAGAUUCUCUUCUAGGACCAACCCCACUCUGCAGUGCCAGCCAUGUGCAGUCCCUGUGGGCAUUAUUCCCUGAAAACAGCUGAUAUCCAUUCCAACUGUUAUCAGCCAACACUGUGGAGUCUAAACAGCUCCCAUCAGGAGGGAGGUGCAAUUCAUCAUAAGAAAACACAACUUUGAUGUCAGUGAAAAUUGCAGGUUACAGCUGCCAUGCAGCAGUGUGUGCAGGCCACUGGCACCACUUCAAUAGAGAUCAGUGCUUGGGACUCCUACUGGGAAUACCUUGACUUGCUCUAGGAUGAGUGAGUGCUCUGGGAUGGCCAAGAUAAAAAAAAAUGUCCUCUGUAGCAUGUCACUUAUGCUAAGCACAGUCAUAGAAACAGGCACUCGCCUCUGCAUCUCCCUGUGGAGGGCACAGGCUUAAGGUUGUUUUAUUAUUAUUUUAUUACCCAGUACCUCCUGCUAAUCCCAGAACCAAGCAUUUGUUUGAAGUAGAUGUCUGUAACAAGCUCUUCAAGCUCACAUCAUCCCCAACAGUCUUGCUCUGCCUCCAAGACAUCAUUCCUUGAGUCCAGUGAUAUCCAAACUAGCCCAGAGCACUCUUGAGAGCUGGGCAAGAUCUCACUUCUCUCUCCCACUCUGAUUUUACAGCAGAAUUAAAGAACCUUUUACACAGGAUACUGCAUAGCCAUGACCAGGGCUGGCAUCUGAAGACAGAUCCUGCUCACACAGGACCACCUAGUCCUGGAGUCUACAGGGGAUCACAAGUGGUGUUUUCUGCCAUGUGUCAGACCUGGUGCUCCACCUCCAUUCCCAUAUGAGCUUCGCCACACAGACAAUUGAGUUUCCUCUGUGUAACACAAAGUCUGGAGACAAUUGAGUUUCCUCUGUGUAACACAAAGUCUGGAGACUGUAGAUGUUUGGGUGCACCUGGAACCUUCGCACCAGCUUCCACUAACUGUUUGGGAGAGCAGCUCUGCAACAAAUACAGUUCAGCUGUUGCUGAGAUGUGCUCCCCAGCCCUGUCCAUGGGGAGGGAGCAUGACACAUGCUUACAAAGUAGAACAGCAGCCAUCCAAACUCUCCCCACGAUCUAGCAACUGUAACCUCUGUUACCCGCACCAUGUCACCCUGCUGCAGCUCCAGCUGGAGGCUGCCUUAAGCCAGGACCUUGGGCAUUCUCCAUGAUAUGCCUCUGCUAACAGCAUAGUGUCUAAUCCAUUUUGCCUAGUGCAUGCACACAGACUUGAUUAAUGUCUGAGAUGAGCUCCAUCCAUCAUCAGGGAGUAAAGGAGAUUAGCUCCACAGCACUGCCUCACAUUGAUCCCAUUCUCCAGGCCUCUUGAUUAAUAGCAAGGCCACCUUAUCUGGCAGGCCAGGAAACAUGAAUAUCCAGGCUGACAUGAGAUGAAGGGAAGCUCAGGCACUUGGGCUGCUACUUGUCACUAGAGCCAUACUGGCAAGGCCCAGCCAGCCCUGUGACCUGUUCUCCCCGUCCCCAGUAUUCCACGUCUCUGCACCCUCUGCCCCUCCCUGCCAGCCAUCCUCUGCCUUGUGGGCAGGCAGCAGGGAGAGCAACCACCAGGUCACUGAUGCAUCACUGCAGGAAUGCAGAGUAGAAGGCUAAAGUUGGGGACUAUUUCCCCCUGCAGGCAGCAGGGCAGACAUCACUCUCGAUCAGCAGAGGGAAUUCAGAAAAGCCCAUUUGGAGGCCUGAUGUAACACAGACAAAUACCCUGCCCAGGGCUGCAGCUAACCAGCAAUGCCUGCUCAGACAGCCUCUUCCUGGGAGGAUGCUCUCCUGAAGUGGAUGCAGCCCAUUAGCAGUGCCAUCUGGACAGGCUCCAGCCCCUGCCCCUGGCUUGCUGCUGACAUUUCAUUAAUAACUUACUCCUUCCAGCUCCUGUCUCCUCAGCUUCUGCUGUGAUCAGCUGGGCUGUAGUUUUGCUGCCCUGGGUUUUUUCCAAGCAGAAAUUAUUUCUCAUUUCUUUUAACAAUCAGGACACAGAGAAAGAGACAGAGGAAGGAAUUUCCAGGAGAUGAAAGUGCAGGAUUAAGGACACUGCUUUCACUUUGUUAUCUCUCCAGAGCAGUUAAGUAUAUUCAUUUCAGGAGAAAGCUUUAACUAACUACAUUUUUCUGACAGGAAAGGAACCUGCAUCUAGAGAUAGCUCCUGUUUCUUGAGUCUACUAAAAGCUCUAGCUGCAAUUGCAUUGCAAAAUGAACAGAGAUUCAUAUGCAUGCACUCUUACACAAAACAUCUCAAAUCGCUUUACAAAGGCUCUGUCAUUCCAGUCUGGCAAAUAAGGCACAGAAUUAAAAAGCAGACAUAAGCAAGGCUACUGUACAUGCUGCCAGUAGUAAGAGGAUUUGAGUGCCCCAAACUACAAUGGCUCAAGAUAUGGGAAUGGGCCUUUGCAUGGAGGCUUAACCCAGAGCAAGAGACAGCAGAAAUAUCUCCAGUGCCUUCCAGAAGAAUUGCCUUGCUCACGCACCAGGAAAAUCAAGAGUAGAGGAGAGAAAAAGGCCUCAUGGCAAGCUGGGACAUUUAGAAAGUAUCACACUGAUGCAUCCACAUUCUCACUACCACCACAAAACCUUUCAGGAACUGAGUCAAUCAAAAAUAACAUUUUGGGUUGAUUUUUAUCCAGAUGAACUUUCUCCAAGUAUUUCAAGUAAACCAGCAAAAUGGCCUACUUCUGAUUUGUUUAAUCCUUCUGUUGAAAUCUGCGUCAUGUUUGAAAGACAGAACCACCUCAAGAAAGCAUCCUGUUCCACACAAUGGGACAUGGUACCUGACCUGCCCACUCUUGCCCCCUGUGCUCCAACCUUAUUCCUUCCUGCAGCUCAGCUUUCUGUGGAGACCUGCACACAAAAGGCCAAAAAUCCAUAAUGGUUUCCAGAGGAAGUCUUACUUCAUAUUAUCUAUAGCAGUAACUUCUGCAACAGAAAUGUCUCACAUGGCCCCUCUGAGAAUCCCAUUUGCCUUUUGUAAAGCCAUGCUAAACAGGUAGCUCAUAGCAAACCCAUGCACGUCCUUCUCCUGUCUUUACACCUAAUAAACUCCCAGCUGAUAAACAAGUACUUACUGCUGCUGCUGAAUGUAUGCCUCUGCUCUUAGCCCUGUGGUUGUUAACAUUAAGUGGCUUACAAUUAUUGUAUUCAUAAGCAGUCAUCAUUUUACUUUAUCAUUAUCUUUUUAAAAGGUUCCCACCUCUUCUACUGCUUGCAACAUGCCAGACAUGUCUGUGCUCAGCACAGAGCACAUAUAGCUGAUCUACCAAGCACAGCUGUCUGUCAGGGGGUCUGGGGAAAGUGACGAUAAGGCAUGCUGGCUGCAACUCCAUGGAGGCAGUGCCCCUCCGCUCCCUUUCUCCCAGCAUCCCCUCCCACCCGAUAGCAACAGAGGGAUGCUUUCAGCCGAAGUGGCAGCCUGAGUCAGCUGCUCCUUGAUGUCAGAACCUGCUUCGAGCUUGGCAGUGGUGGAGCCGGCAAGCAGAGCACAGCCGAGCCUCAGACUCCGCUGCUGCCUCCCACACCUUGCUCAGCCCCGGCUGAUGGACCCAACCCAUCACCGCCACGGAUCCCUGGAGGCAACUUGGCCAACUUUGAGAAGCACCCCCGCCCCCGAGGCUAAUUGCCAUGGCUCCCAUCAACUCUUUGCACAAUUUCUCCACGUCGGAGGCUCGGAACGGCUCAGUAGCAGAGAAGCCAGCACCAUACACCAAUGUGAUCAUGCCCAGUCUCUUCAGCAUCAUCUGUUUCCUGGGCGUUGUGGGGAACCUCAUUGUCAUUUACACUAUUGUCAAGAAGAAGAAGCUGAAGCGCAACCAGACCGUGCCUGACAUUUUCAUCUUCAGCCUUUCCAUCGUGGAUCUCCUCUUCCUCUUGGGCAUGCCCUUCCUCAUCCACCAGCUCCUAGGCAAUGGCUCAUGGUACUUCGGAGCUACCCUGUGCACCAUCAUCACUGCCCUGGACAACAACAGUCAGAUCACCAGCACCAACAUUCUUACAGUGAUGACUCUGGACCGUUACCUGGCAACUGUCUAUCCUCUAAAAUCCACCUAUGUCCGGACCCCAUGUGUUGCAGCUCUAGUUAUCUGUUUGGUGUGGCUUCUCUCCUUCCUGACUGUCAUUCCUGUGUGGAUGUAUGCAGGUCUUAUGCCUCUGGCAGAUGGGACUGUUCGCUGUGCUCUGUUGCUUCCCAACCCAGAGACCGAUAUCUACUGGUUCACUCUCUACCAGUUCAUGCUAGCAUUUGCCAUGCCACUGAUUGUGAUCUGUGUGGUCUACUUCAAGAUCCUGCAGCACAUAACCACCACUGUGGUCCCACUGCCCCAAAGGAGCCUCCAGGUUCGUACCAAGAAAGUCACCCGCAUGGCAGUUGCCAUCUGCUCUGCCUUUUUCAUUUGCUGGGCUCCCUUCUACAUCCUCCAGCUGGUUCACCUUGGCAUUGAUACCCCAUCCAUGGCUUUCUUUUAUGCCUACAACUUUGCCAUUAGCUUGGGCUAUGCCAACAGCUGCUUCAGCCCCUUUCUCUACAUCGCCCUCAGUGAGACCUUCAAGCGCCAAUUCUCAGUAGCCAUCCACCCCUCAAAAGUGCCAUGUCACAACAGCAGCUCUGCCAACAACAACAGCAUGACAAAUGCCAGCAUAUGCCUAAAACUGGCUUCAGAUUCCACUCAGCAGACUCCGCUUCCAGAGGACUCUUCACACUCACUGCCUGCAACUGCUGCUGUUCACUAGGUGACACUGAAGUCAUC